CCUGUCGCGUGCGGGCAUCUGCGCGUGUCUGACCCGAGGCUCCACAUCUCGCCUGUUUGCGCACGCAGGUGGCACUGGACCCGUUAGACAAUAGAGGAUUAUGACAGUGGACGGAGAGCUCGAGCUUAUGGCGGAGCCCGAUAUCGACGUGGAGGGAGAAGGGAGGAAAGAUUUGCGGAACCACAGAUACGUGUCCUUGACUGAAGAAGACAGAUCCGAUUUAGAGGAAAACGCUGAAGCGUCCCAGUCUCCAAAACAACCCGUGGAGGAUACGGAGCUGGAAGAGGAGAGUAACUUUACACCAAAGUGCACAGGGAAAAGCACUUCCUCGGUAAAACCUCCAUACUCAUACAUUGCUCUUAUCACUAUGGCAAUCCUCCAGAGCCCGAAGAAGAGAUUGACGCUCUCGGAGAUAUGUGACUUCAUCUGCCAGCGCUUCGUAUAUUACCGGGAAAAGUUCCCCGCCUGGCAGAACUCCAUCCGUCACAACUUGUCCCUCAACGACUGCUUCGUCAAAAUGCCCCGGGAACCCGGUAACCACGGAAAGGGCAACUACUGGACGUUAGAUCCAAUGUCGUCCGAUAUGUUCGAGAACGGCAGCUUUCUUCGGCGGAGGAAACGUUUCAAGAGGCAGCAUUUCCGACUUGGAAUGAUGGACACCCGUUGCCCACUGGAGCGCAGCACGAGCGCACUGCCGUUUUUCUCCUUAUGUGGAGCGCACGCGAUGGGGCCAACGUGUCUCCAAGUACCGGGUUUAGAAUUGUAUCGGAAUCUCGGAAUCGAAUAUAAACCUAGCACUCCGCCUGUCAGCAGCAUCUUGCCAGAGCUUUCUUCCCUUUUUUCCAGGAGUGAUGUUAGCCAAAAUACGUUUCUUCCACCCCAGUCUCUUACCUUUGAAAAUAUUGAUGCGACGCACCGCUCACCAUCCACGGUGACUCCAUCUUUAGUGUCCGGCUCUCGGUUUCUGUCCUCGGCUUCGCUCCAUUCUUUGUGCACUCCGCAACUCUUGGGCUUUUAUCCGGAGUAUCAUAAACGGAACUCAGUUCCAAACUCUAGCCUUCAAGCGAAUAAACUCGUACCGCAACUUGGUGACAAAUGAUCAAUGGUGAUUUGUGGUUGUAACAACGUCAAUCCAGCAUACAGUAUCGCCUUUUGAUUUUCCAUAGACUUGAAAGUGAUUUAGAUUUUUUUGUAUCUAUUCAAUUAAACAAAUGCUUCAAAUAUUUUAUUAGAACAUUGUUUUUGCAGUAUGUAUCAGUUAAGUCAACGAAACAUUUAUUUAGGCCUACUAGCCUAAUGUUGAAGGCCUAUGCAUAGGCAUGUUUUAUGUAGGCAUAUGCCUAAAUAAGCACUUUAAAAACAGAAAUAAUCUGUUGACUUUCAACCGCAAUUUGGCUACAUGUAAGUCAUUGGCACUAAAUUGGAUCAAUCAACAAAUAAAUGAAAACGAAGAACAUGUCAUAAUGAAUUCCACACAAAAAUAUUGUCCCCCGAUCAACGAAAAUAACAUUUUAAAAGUGUUUAAAUUAUGCCUUGAAUUUAAAGGUCUCAUUUCUCUAUUUUGACCUUUGAUUUGACUGACUGACAUUGUGAGGUUACAAAGACAAUUUGAAAAUGUAUUGGCCUUUCUUGUUACGUGCCAAUGGAAUUGGGGAAAUAAAAUACGGGCUUAACCAACACGGGCACGCGAGUGGAAACCCGUUUAAAUGUGAGGUCAUCAUGGAGUUUAUUUUAUUUCACUCUCCUUGUAUACGUUUCAUUGAUUAACACACCAUUGGUGUUUUGAAAAGGGCUAAUGUAUAUACGAGGGGGUACACACACCGACAUUCUUCAGAACUCGUUUCGGUUUCAGUGUGUGCGUGCCCCCAUAUGUUUGAAAGAAUGCAUUCCACAGUGCAAAUGCCUAAAUAUUGAAACUGCUGAGUUUCAAAAACAUGCAGUGUAAAUAAGUUACAUAUGAUAGCAUGUGCUUGUUCUGUAACGCUGUAAAAACAUUGAUCAAAUUCAUCUGGAGAGAUCGGGUCCAACAUCAAACGUCACAUUGUUAUAUUGAGUGUAAUCAAGUCUACAGUUCUUCAAUGUAGCCAGUUUGCCUUGCGUAUGUUUUGUGUUUGUCUUGGACGCAUCUCCUUAUGAGUGCAGUGAAUGGAUGCAGUAUAAAAACAAUAUGUAUAGGGUUGAUGAUGCAAUUUUGUAUAUUAAAAUAAUUGAAAUUUGGGGAUGGAUGAGGAUUAUUUUAUGGGAGCAUUUGAUUGCUAAAUCCCAGUGUUGUUGGUAUUUGAGCCAAGGUCCAGGUUAGUGACAGUAGCAUCAGAAGAGAUGGAUAGUGCCUUUAUCUCCUCCAAGGUUGCAGAGCUUUGGAACAUAGAAUUUCUCCAUGUUUCAUUGUCUGUCAUCGUUCUGAGCAGUUUGCUUUUCCUGGCACUCUAUCAUAUUGGGGUUUUAUUCAAUUAUACCUCCUUCCCUCUUUUCCUGCUAACCCAUUUCCCUUGCCUGUUUUAAGUGUGUGCGCGCGUGUUUGUGCGCGUACACAUGUGCAUGCCUGUGUGGCCCACAGCCCAUUAAAAGCAAACUCUGACCUGAACUUUAAGGGCCUCCUCUGUGCGCAUGGUGGGCGAUAUGACAGGGUGUAUGUAUUUGGGAAAGGGGACCCCCCUCAGGGCAGCAGAUGACAGUGACAUAUAGCAGGGGAGCCACCCAGAAAGGCUACAAGUUCACACUUCAGCAGUGUGUCUCGAGAGAGAGAAAACGUGUGUGUUUCAGGGAAAGAGAGAAGGAGCUUGUGGGUUGAAGGAGAACAAGGACACGACAGUGGUGCCAGAAACAGCAAAGUGUUUCAGUAAGAGAGAAGAACACAGGGACCGAGAAGUAGCCACACUCCUUCGUAAAGAUUGGAAAUCUGUGUAGGGGUCCUGUAGCAGAGUUGAACAGAGAAUCCAAAGAUGUCUUUUUUACCUUCGUUAAAAUCACAAAACAAUAAUUGCAGUACAGUUCUUCUCGUGGUUUGCUAAAACAAGCUUGCUCAUGCCAUGGAAGAUUCAGACAUUUUAUUCACAGUUUUACACAUAUUAUUAUUAAUAUUUAUAACAACAGUGUAGUUGUCUGUAGAGACCAUCUCAAAGCUCAAUUAGUAGUCCCCAACUUAUUUUGGUUACCAUACCACCUAUUCAGUUUUGACCUGCGCUCAGUGCCCAUGAAGUACCCUGCCAUGUUUAUCUCACCAGUAGGCCUAUGGUUUUGGCGUCUUGUGCCUCCUGUGGAUUGGCCAAGUAUCCCCAGGGGUCCUACUGAGUGUAACUGAUGUGUCUGGGAAUUAAGCUGGCGACCCAAUUUACAUCAAGCAACAGUACCACGAGAACGAUCACGUUACUUUGAAAAUAAACUUUUGAAUAUAUCCCUUGGUUAUUUUGUAGUUCAAAUGGUUGGGGUACCACAGAAGGUUUGCAGCUGUUCAGCUGGAGUCUAGUGACCCAGUUGCGGUAGUCAAGAUGUGAGAGGACAAGUGGCUGGACUAGUACCUGUACUCCUAGGGUUUGUUUAGGCAGCCCUCUGCCAAUGUUGUUGACUACAAACCGACGGGAGGCCGUUACCGCCACACUGUUUGCCCGAGAAUUGAAAGGGUGUUGAUAAAAGGUGACACCAAGGCUCUUCGCAAUCCGGGGGACGCCGCAGAUUUUGGCAACCGUGACAGUGAAACGCAGAAGACCAUCUGAGGACAUGACAGAGUCAAGUGACUUGGUGUAUAGAGGGCUUAGAACAGAGCCCUGGGGGACCCCAGUAGUGACAGCUUAUAUGCUGUUAAUUAUAGCCUUUCAUGUUAUUCUGUAUGCUGCGAAGUAGAGGCUUUCAUUUUAUGCUAUAGAAACAGCCUCAGUACGUCUUCCCCCAGGCCGUGUAAUUCUGAUCUUGGAACAGUUGAGCAUUUCCAAUUAUAAUACAUAUGAUCAGUAGGGAUCUGCAUCUCUGCUCUCAAUCACUUUGUGAACAUACCCGCCCAGAUUCUCCUCUUUUUUUUUUUAAGAGAUGUUAGAAAUGGUUAGAAAUGGGACCGCAACAAAAGAAGGAUUCAUGAAAUAGUCCCAAAUAGCUCUGUUUUCUCUUGCUUUGUUUAGGCUCAUGGAAGACAAACUAAAAACCAGAGAGCCUAAGAGAUGAUGUCAUAUUACGUUUACCCUCGCUCACGCUGUUCACUGAUCCAACUCAUCUCACGCAUGUGUAUGUGUGUGUGCACGUGUGUGCACGUGUGUGAGAGAGAGAGGGUAUGAUUUACCGCACAUCUCUUACAAACCAGAGUUUCCAGGUCAAAAAAUAACCGCGGCUAAAUACUUCCCAGAGGAAAGACAUAUGGAAGUGUAGGAAAGAAAAGUAGGUCUGCAUAUCGUACCAGAUACUAUGAGGCCUGAGGUCAGUCAAAUAGGACUUGUGUACAUAUCGCCCUUCCCCGGGGCCAUUCACAGAUUAAAGGAUAUUCAGUUCUGAUCAGCCUCUUUGGAUUCCCAGUCCCACUUACUUUGGCAUGAAUAGUGAUGAAAACAAAGCAACACACACACACACAAACACAAACAGGAAUGUACACAAACCCGAACACACAGCUGUCCUCUUCUGCCUGUUCCACCUGGGUGCAGGAAAUCCCUUUUAUUUUAAAGCCAUACUAACCGAUUUUUAGUGGCCCGAGAUGACAAUUAAGCUGAGAUUUUUUGGGGGGGAUUUCAACACUUGGGUAAAACAUUAUAAUACGGGAAACUGUUUAUUUUGUGGCUUUCAUAAACGUCAACACAUUUUCUUUAAUACCACACAAAUCAAACACGGAAAACUAAGAUUGAUAAAAAUAGCUUCAUCUUGAGAGCAAACAAUAGCCCAGACCAAUGGAGAGACACUGAUUGUAUCAUAUUUGUAGGAAAUGCAUACAUUGAGGUACCCAUGUUUGGAGGUGAGGCUACAGUAGGCCACUAAACUUCCAGUGGAACUGUAUGAAGAUUAAGCUAAAGCUACUCUAAAACUCUGGUCAUGGCAAAAUAUCUCAAGAUGAGCUAUUCAUUUAAAACAGUGCUGCUGUGCGCUUCCAGUGUAUUGGGUUUCUUUGAAGUUGUAGUAACAUUUGAAUUAUUUUGGUUUCACCUUUGACAUUUUCCCUCAAAAUGUUUUAUUAACGCUGUAAGAAUAAUAGUUUAU